GAGAUUUGGCAUAUUUGUCAUUUCAUUAUAAGUUUCGAUCUGUCCACAGUGGCCGCAUUUUAUGGUUGAGGGAGCAGCGAAACUUAGUUUUUGGCAGUUUACAAACGUCUCUUAAUUUAUAGAAGCGUUUCAUUUAGAAUAGAAGCCUUUGCAUUACAGGAAUUCGACUUCUGGUUUUGAAUCAUCGUGGUCAACAUGGCUGACGAUUGGGAAGAUGGCAGCUCCACAACAACUUCAUUUAGCGGUGGAUUUGGGGCAAGCAAAGGUAGAGGCCUCGGUACAUGGAGUAGUAAUGACAAUUCGAUCGAUGAAGCUCCAAGACGAAAGGGCUUCGGGAGAGGAGGUUUUGGCUCUACAAAUACUGACAGUGCAACAACGAAUGGCUUCGACAGCGGGAGUCAAAGUGCUUUUGGUGGGGGUAGAGGCUUUGGCCGAGGUGGCGGUGGAUUUGGUGGAAGCAGCGACAGUGAGAGGCCGGCAGCACGUGGUGUUGGUAGCAGCGGAGGGGGAUUUGGUAACAGAAGCGGAGGAUUUGGCCGCAGUGGAGGUGGCUUUGGUAAUGGGACUAAUGAUGAACCUCAAGAAAAUGGAGGAGGCUUUGGUGCAAAGAAGCGUGGUGGCUUUAGAGAAGGAGGGGGUGGAUUUUCAGGAGGUGACGAUGGUGAAGAUGGUGGUGGAAGAGGGGGUGGAUUUAGUAGCAGUAGUGGAUCUCGAAGCUGUGGGGAAGAGGGGCAUUUUGCUAGGGACUACCCAAAGAAGGGAAGUGGUGGUGGAGGAGGGGGAAGAGGAUGUCACAAUUGUGGUGAAGAGGGUCAUUUUGCCAGAGACUGUCCAAAUAAAGAGCCAGAUGAAAACAGACCUGGUCCAGUGACUUAUGUUCCCCCAGAGCCGUCUGAAGAUGAUGAGGAGAUUUACCGUACCAUUGAGAGAGGCAUCAACUUUGACAAAUAUGAUGAGAUCCCAGUUGAGGUGACAGGAAAAGGGAAAGAGGCCAUUAUACCAAUUCAAACAUUUCAGGAGGCUAACCUGAGGAACUUAUUGUUAGAAAAUGUGCAAAAAGCAAAAUACACGAAGCCAACCCCGGUGCAAAAGUAUGCGAUACCUACAAUCAUUGCAGGAAGAGAUGUGAUGGCUUGUGCUCAAACAGGAUCUGGAAAGACGGCAGCAUUUCUCUUACCUGCUAUGUCUGGUAUACUGAACAGCGGUUUGACCAGCAGUGAGCUGUCAGGUAUUCAAACUCCGCAAGGUCUUUGUAUAUCUCCAACAAGAGAAUUGGCUAGUCAGAUUUAUAACGAAGCUCGAAAGUUUUCAAAAGGAACUAUGCUGAAGCCAGUGUGUAUUUACGGAGGGGUGUCUGUUUCACAUCAGUUGCGUCAGGUUCAACGUGGUUGUAACUUUCUUGUUGCUACACCUGGACGGCUCAAGCAUUUCGUUGAAGGAGGACAGGUUUCUCUAGAGAAGAUUCAGUAUCUGAUUUUGGAUGAAGCUGAUAGAAUGCUUGACAUGGGAUUUGAAGGAGACAUCAGGAAAAUCGUUGAGACCCUGGGAAUGCCCGAAAAGACAGAAAGACAGACUCUCAUGUUCAGUGCAACUUUUCCUGAGGAAAUUCAACGUCUGGCUGGUGACUUCCUCAAUGAUUACUUGUUCUUGACGGUAGGAAGGGUUGGUGGUACCACAUCAGAUAUUCAGCAGACAAUCCUGGAUGUGCCAGAAGAUCAGAAGCAAGAAAAGUUAACUGAAUUACUCAGCUGCUCAGGCACUGAUAGGACCCUUGUGUUUGUGGAAUCGAAACGUAGGGCAGACUUCCUUGCAAGCUUGUUGUCACAGGAAGGAUUUCCUACCACAAGUAUACAUGGUGAUCGCCUUCAGCAGCAAAGAGAGGAAGCAUUAAGGGACUUCAGGGAAGGCCGCUGUCCUGUCCUCAUCGCCACAAAUGUCGCUGCCCGUGGCUUGGACAUAGAUGAUGUCAAGCAUGUUGUCAACUUUGACUUGCCAAAUGAAAUUGAGGAGUUUGUUCAUAGAAUUGGUAGAACAGGGCGUAUAGGGCAUGAAGGCAAGGCUACAACUUUCUUCCAGAAAGGAAAAGAUGAUAGGAUUGCCAGGGCACUGGUGAAAAUUUUGUCAGAUGCUUCACAAGAGGUGCCAGAGUGGUUGGAAGAGAUUGCAGAGAGUGCAGUAGGCACAAGCUACGGCCCAGCAGGAGGUCGUUUUGCGUCCAGAGACACCAGGAAACAGUUUGGCAACAGCGAUGGCUGGGGAGGAGUGUGGAAUAGCGAGGAAGCCAACACUCAAACCAACAGUCAAAUUAAUGGCACUGCUGCCUGGUCUUCAGGUGGUGGUACGGACGAAGAAGUGUGGUGAUUUCCUCAUCUUCAGAUGGUCGAAUUUUUGGUUAAUGUUCUGAUUAAUAUCGGCAAAUGGUAUAAAUAAUAGUUUUAUACCUUGUUUAGUUUGCUUCAGAUUUGGAUUGCAACGAGUUUAUUGGAUUGUAUACAUGAGCAUUACUUUAUCUUUGUGGGGUGUUACUAUGAUGGACUGGAAUAUUACCUUAUUGACGACAGUUAAAAGAUUUGGAACAAGACAAUGGCAAUGACUUUUGGUUCCACAGUGAACCAACAUAUGUGAUGGAACAAGGUUCCUAGAGAAAUAUGACCACUGGAUUCAUCAGAGUUGGGCAUCUUCAGUAGAGUUUAAACUACUCGUUUCUUAUCUUGUGCAAUCGUUUUGGAACAGAGUUGUUAACAGAGUUAUUUCUUAGUGAAAAGUGAUUUCACUUCAUGAGAAGACUACAUGUGGCUACUACUUGCUGCACUCUGUGAUACAUCUGUCUGUAUUGAGUUCUGGUAGCAGUUUGUACAGAAGACUACUCAAAACAGAUUUCACACAGGACAAAACAUGCCACAGCUACCAUGCAGCAUAUUAGAUCAAGGAAGUUAAUUGUAGGGAAAACUGUGAUUGACUUGAAAUGAUUCAGAGUCAGUCAUUCGGAUCGAAACCAGCCUAGACUUGCCAUCAAGGCUUUACCAGAGACUUGACGGCAGUGUAGCUUGUUUGUGAUUGUUUUGCAUGCAGCUGUGUGGCAUCGUUUUCGUACUGUGGUCAUCUUGUUAUCACCAGUUGCUUUGAAGCAGAUGCAUGUAAAGUACAAUGACAAAUCCUUUUCUUGGAGCAUGCUUCUGAUCAAAAGUGCAGCUAAGGAACCUUUAAGUUUGAAAACACUUGAAAGCAUCUCCUAUUAAACCUAAAUGUGGGUCUUCCUGGAAUGAAGACACUGUACUGUCUGCCUUGGUGGGCAGUGAGAUUACAAGAACAAUGGUGAUGUACAACCUUUGCCACACAAGGAGUUAAUGGUUAAGUCUGCUGAAAACCAAGUCAUUGUAAAGGAAUAUGGGCUAUUUUCUCCCUGGCACUGAUCCAGAUAAAAACUAUUUUAAUUCUGGAGAAUCUUUGGUUUGUGGCCUUUUCCUGCCUCCUUUGGCUUGGAUGAAAAUAUUUGCCUCUAAGGAGGCAGGUCUUGAGUUACCAUCUUAAAAAUCAAGGGUUUGGUGACAAAGUGGAAUUCAUUAAUGAUGCAACUACAACUGAAAUUAACUACAAGAAAUGGCAGCUUUACUGGUCUGCUGUAAACGAUUGACACUGACUUACUUGUAAACUAAACAAGCUCCAAGAUAGAGUGGAGCAAUGCAAUGGCAAACUCUCAAAGUAUUGGAAAUGUGACGAUUCAACAAUGGACGUAAGUCAAACUUUAUGCAUCGUCCAGUGUGUUUGGUCUUGAAGCCCAUCAUUUUGCUCUAACAUGUUGGCACUGUUCAAUUGGUUGCAGGGUUUCAACCCAAACUUUUUUUAAGCAGAGGGUUAAGGUACAUGUGUACAUCUAGCUUUUAAGAAACCUGUAAAUUUUAGGAAGUUGAGUCUGAAAUCACGUUGUAAUUAAACUUUGUUUUGAAGACAUUAC